AUGAUGAUGUGGCAGAAUGAGGAAACACAACCUCAGUCCUUAAUCACAAAACGUCGUCAGGCAAGAGUGUUCAGAGAGCGUGUGGCACUCAGUUCUUUUUCUGAAAUGGAGACAAGACAGCAGUUUAGAUUAAGUCGACAAGCAAUUGAACUCUACAGCAAAAUCCAACCUAGUUUGGAAAGAAAGACAAAACGUAGUCAAGCCAUUCCUGGAAUGACAAAGUUAAUAGCUGUGCUGCAUUAUCUCGCAUCGGGCUCCUUCCAAUAUUGUGUAGCUUCCAAAUUUGGAAUUAGUCAGUCAGCUUUCUCAAGGAUUGUUCACGAAGUGGUUGAAGCCCUUUACAAUGUUGUAAAUGAUUAUAUUAAAUUUCCGCUAACCAGUUUGGAACAGAGGCAAAUGAUGGCAAAAUUUUAUGCAAAGGCUGGAUUCCCAAACAUUCUUGGCCUUAUCGAUUGCACACAUGUGGCAUUGAUUCCUCCGGCUCAAUUUGAGGCAAUUUACCGCAAUCGUAAACUUUUCCACUCCCUCAAUGUCCAAAUUGUGUGUGGGCCCAAUUUUGAAAUUCUGGAUGUAGUGGCAUCAUACCCAGGCUCAAACCAUGAUUCCUAUAUUUUCCAACAGAGCUCGUUAGGAAACAAGUUUGCAAAUGGUUCCUUUGGAGAUGGCUUGCUUCUAGGUGACAAUGGGUAUCGUUUUCAGUCUUGGCUGAUGACCCCAUACUUAAAUCCUUCAACAGCUGCAGAGAAAAAGUACAAUAGGGCACAUGUUAAAACACGAACCCAGGUCGAGAGGCUUUUUGGCAUACUAAAAAGCCGUUUCCGGUGCCUGGAUAUCACUGGUGGUGCCCUACUCUACAAGCCAGAAUUUAUGGAAAUGUUGCACGUAUCCGAUAUAGGAGUCGGCUUCGGUUUUGGAGAAUGUGGCCAGGACUUCAGACUAAGCAAGCGUUCCAUCAUUAAGGGGUUGGACUGUUCCUAA